AGCCGUAAACUAAAAGAGGAAGAAAGAAAAAGGAAGGGGGUAAAAAGUCGGUUCCCUUCUGCUCUUCAAUAAAAAUAUUCUUCUCAUCGUUUUCUCGUUCUGAGUUCUGAAAAUAUUCAUCUGCCUUCAAUCAUUUAGUUACCGACGUCUGUCUGUUUUAGCAGCCCGAGAGAGACCAGUUAGCCUCCGAGCUAACUGAGAAGCUAACUCUCCGAGAGGAAGGAGCCAGUUUCCGGUUAGAAAAAAAGCACAGAAGAGCUUCAGGCGUCCCGGGGGGGGGGGGUUGGAGAUGUAUUGGACGCUGUGCUGCUACCAUGUCUGCCUCUAAGGAGCAAAAACACGACUAUCAGAUCUCCAACAGCAUCAUGUCUGUUACUACUUGGGAGGUUGUUGGUGAUCAGUUUCUUGUUCAACAAGAGAAAAACUCCAUUCAUGAUGACCACUUUCCAUCCGAUGUAGAGAUGAAAGAGGAACAGGAGGAACCAGAACUGAAGCAGAUUGGAGAGAUGAGGGAGGAACCAGAAUUUCAACCGAUCAAGGAGGAACAGGUUGAGCUCAGCAUCUUUCAUGAUGGAGAAAAGUCUUUAGUGAAGCCGGAGGCUGAGACCGUCAUGCUGGGUUCUGCUUAUGAGGAAAUAUGUCACAGUAAACCUGAACUGCAGCAGGUGAUUGAGGCAAAGGGGGAACCAGAACCUAUACAGAUUAAAGAGGAACUCUGUGGUAAUCAGGAUGAAGAGAAGCUUGUAGUGAAGCAGGAAAAAGACCCCAGCAAAUCCGAGCCAAACCAGGACCACAUCCAUUCUUCAAAUUUUCCUGAUUCUGAGAACCAACAUCAGGAGGAAAGCAAUGAUGAAGACCUGCUAUCCAGUGGAGAUGAAGAGCUGAACACUGAGAAGGGACGUCAGAAAAUCCAAAAUCAUAGUGAUGACGUUGACCAUUUUAAACAGAAGAGGCUCCAGAAAAAUGUGUCUUCCUGUAAAAUAUGUGGUAAAUGUUUCAUUCGGCACAGGUACUUGGCUGAUCAUAUGAGCACUCACACCGGUGCAAAGCCGUUCCAGUGUGGGACUUGUGGAAAAUGUUUCACCAGAAAAACUACCAUGAAUUUUCACAUGAGAACACACACCGGUGAGAAGCCGUAUACCUGUGAAGUCUGCAGUAAGUCUUUCAGUUAUAGUAGUGAUUUGGCCCGUCACAUAAGAAUCCACACAGGCGAAAAGCCGUUCUCGUGCCCGACCUGUGGAAAAAGUUUUGUUGAUGGAGGUAGCUUAAGCACACACACCAGAGUUCAUUUGGCAGAGAAGCCAUACCCUUGUAAACUGUGCGACAAAUCUUUCAGAAACAGUCGAGAUCUGGUUCGUCACAUCAGAAUCCACACAGGUGAGAAGCCGUUCUCGUGUUUGACCUGUGGGAAAAGUUACAUUAGCAGAGGCAGCCUAAAAACACACACCAGGGUUCACCUGCAUGAGAAGCCGUAUCCAUGUGAACUGUGUGGCAAAGCUUUCACAAACAGGAGCGCCUUCACCCGCCACAGGAGGACUCACACGGGUGAAAAACCCUAUUCUUGUAAAGCGUGUGGUAAAUUUUUCAGUGACAGGAGCAGUAUGGCUAGACAUGUGAGAAGUCACACAGGCGAGAAGCCGUUUUCCUGUUCUCUGUGUGGUACGGCUUUUACUGACAACAGUCAACUGACCCGUCACCUGAGAACCCAUACAGGUGAGAAGCCUUUCUCAUGUCUGACCUGUGGGAAAAAAUUCUCCAAACCUUAUACUUUGACUAUGCACAUAAGAACUCAUACAGGUGAAAAGCCGUAUUCUUGUGAACUCUGUGGUAAAUUAUUCAGUGCCAGAUAUAAACUGACUGCACAUGUGUGCAGAAAUAAUCCUUAAAAUAUUCUACAAAUUAAUAAAUAUCUUCUUUGUUUGAGUUGUUAAGUUUUAAGCAUUGAGCUAUGAAUGGUUUAUUCAUUUUCUUAUAUAUUUUAUUUAAACUAUUAACUUAAACAUUAAUUUCAGUCUGUAGUUCAGCUUUCCUUUAUCAGGCUACUACAAUGUACGUCGUUUUAUGUUUUCACUAUGUAAAUCUAUUUGAGUGGUCUUGUUGCUGAAAUGUACUAUACAAAUAAACAUGGCU